AUGAUAGCCACCUUGCACCAUCAAAUCGUCUACAAAGUUCAAGAUCACGCUCUCGAUCUUGCGCUACCAUCUUCCGAUGACGCACUAUAUCUGGAGGUUACAUCAGCAACACAAGCGCCAAACACCAUCCAAAUUCCUCGACAAAUAUCUCGAGAUGAGUUAGUACGACGACUGCCAAAAUCAUGGGACGGGAGAGUUUUGUACCCUUUUAAGGAUGAAAACGGCCAUCAAUACCUCGACCUAUGUUCCUGCUCGGCUUGUGAAGAAGACUACUGGAAUUACGAAUCUGACGACGAAAUUCGCCGGCGAAGACGAGCAAAGAAAGAUCCUCUUUACAAGAGGUAUCUCGACGGAGACCCCACCGUUGGUCCAUUCGGUGACGGAAAAUAUGAUUUCAUAGUCCAAUACUCGGAGAAAAAGGAGCCAGAAAUAAUGAUGAUGCAAGCAAAAACUUUUCCCCCAAAUGAAGACUUCACCAAAGAAGACGUCAACCACUCUCCGAAAAUACUCACGAGAGCCAUCAACUCUACUGGCCCUAAUCAACUGAGCCAAGGAGAAAAGGUUCUUAAUUGGCAGACGAAAAAUGCGCUAGCAAAAACCAAUUGUUGUCAACAAUCAACAAUAAGGUUGAUCAACUCACCACAGGCUACGACAAAAGAUUCAAUAGCCUGCAAAGCUCUAUCAUCGAGAUCCAUGGUCGAUUUGACAAUCUUCAUCGAGAAAUGA